AUGAAGAAGAUCCAUGUAAUACUCAGAAAGUGCAAGAGCUUGUCAAGGCAGCUAGGAAGAUCUUCAUCAUAUAGUAGCCUCAGGUCCAAAUCUGUUAAGGAAGACUUAUGGGCAGGACAAGGCAUACAAGAAGAUGAACAUUGUGAAACUAUAUUUGUAGGCAGCACAAGGAAACGGUAUGUGAUUAGUUCCAAAUAUCUGAAUCAUCCUCUUCUGAAUGCUCUAAUCAACAAGUCAAAGCAAAAGGGCAGUGAUGAAAAUGUUUUGGUGGUCAACUGUGAGGUGGUUCUCUUUGAUCAUCUAUUGUGGAUGCUAGAAAAUGCAGAUCCUAAGUUUAGUUCUGAGUCUUUGGAGGAAUUGGCUGAACUAUAUGUGUUUUAAUUUAAGAGUUUUCAAUGUGCAGAGUGCACAUGCCUAGUGUCAUUUUGUUGGGGUGUGCAAGCAUCUAGCAAAAUGUAA